UAACGCCAACAAUUGGCCAACAACCACUAAGGCCAACACAACAACAUGGAGUUCGAAGGAAGAUUUCUUGGCUUGUUGCUUUUUGUCUUAAUUUCAACAGUUUGUAAAUCCAUAAAGGUUGAUCAAGCAAAUGGAACAAUACCGCUGGUCAUGUGGCAUGGCAUGGGUGAUAGUUGCUGCAACCCAUUGAGUCUUGGUAACAUACAGAAAAUGAUUGAGAAGCAAGUUCCUGGAAUUUACGUCCACUCAUUGAGGAUUGGAAACAAUAUUGAAGAGGAUACAUUGAAUGGCUUCUUAAUGAACACCAAUGAUCAGAUAGAUAUGGCCUGUGAUAUGAUUGCGAAAGAUCCAAAGUUAGCAAAUGGUUACAACUCAAUGGGCUUCUCGCAGGGCGGACAGUUUCUGCGUGCUGUGGCACAGCGUUGCCCAAAACCACCGAUGCAUAACCUUAUUUCUGUAGGAGGUCAACACCAAGGUGUUUAUGGUUUCCCAAGAUGCCCAGGAAAUAAUCUUACACUUUGUGACUAUGUCAGAAAACUGCUGAAUAUUGGUGCAUAUGUUGAAUUUGUGCAAGAGCAUAUAGUUCAAGCUCAGUAUUGGCAUGACCCUUUGAAUGAAGAAGAAUACAAAAAAAUUAGUAUGUUCCUUGCAGACAUUAACCAGGAAAAUAUUGUCAACGAAACCUAUAAGACAAACUUGAUGCGCUUGAAUAAGUUUGUCAUGGUUAUGUUUUCUGACGACCAUAUGGUAGAACCAAAAGAAAGUGAGUGGUUCGGAUUCUACAAACCUGGCCAAUCUGAAGAACUUUACAAACUGCAGGACAGUCCAUUGUACACUAUGGACAAACUUGGUUUGAAAGCAAUGGACACUGAUAAGAAACUUGUAUUUCUGUCAUCACCGACGGACCAUCUUCAGUUCACAGAACAGUGGUUCAUAGACAAUCUUGUCCAGUAUAUCAAAUGAAAUAUCAAAGCCAUUUGAAGAACAGAAUCAAGAAAGAUGAUUAAUUUUAAAUAUACAAAAACUUGCACCAUAAUUAUUCAUUAACACUUCUGUUGGCAUAAGAUAUCUUAUUUGAAAAAUUUAUGAGGGAAAGUUUCUUUCACAAUGAAAUUGGUUUUAAACACAGUAUUUGCAAUGUUAUAUCUAAUAUGUAAUAUAAUCGUUCACAAUAAUACAGCAAUACAGAGUAUUAGAAAAUGUAUUAAACAAAUAUAAACCAAGUAAUCUUGAGUAGUCCCAUAUUCGGGGUAAUAUGUUUAAUGACAAUAUGCCUUCAUCAGAUUCUUGUUUGUUGAUUCAGAUAUGUUACUCAGGGUAGGGUGUAGCCUGAAUUGGUAUGAAAGUGGAGGUAUGUUCAUCGGGUGGCACAGUAUGUGUCUGGAUUUAUAUCAGGGUUGGCAGGGGCUGAGGUCCCUGACGAGAACAAAGUGCGCGUGGUCUGGCGUCACUCAAAAUCUUUUGAAAGUGGUCCGGGGACAAACCCUAAAAAAUAUGACAAUUUAGGGGUUUCAAAGGCUUAUUUAUUCAAUUUUAGAGUCUACUAAUUUGUAGAAAGUACAUAUAAUUUUUUUUCUUGGUGUGUGGGGACCGCCCACUGGCGCCACCCGAUUUAAAUAGACAGAUUGUAAAUUUUAAUAAUAAAAUUUUUUACUUCUAACUAAAUUUCUAAUAUUUUGUUUAUGAUACCUGUUUGUGAUGUAAAAUAAUGGCAUUGUAGUGCAGUAUUGAAUAAUUUGAGAUGUGACUUAAUAUUAAGAAAUACUGAUUAGUUUUAAAGACACUUUAGCUUUGAAAAUAGAUUUAAUUUAUCAAUGCAUUAUGCGAUUAUAAUGUUUUGUACUGUAGUGUUAAUUUCUUGAUUGUCCGUAGAUUCAAUAAAUAGUUCUUGAGGCAUCAUUGGUGAUGAUAUGUAUUACCAUAA